UCCGUAAAACAGUUCAGUGUGGUGUAUGGUUACCCAGCUAAUGGAGUAAACUCAUGGAAUACACACAUCAAGUUCUCAUGAAAAAGUGAUUGAUUAAUUGAUUACUUCAAGUUAUGCUUAUAAAACCUUUUAUGGCUAGUAGCAUGUAUGAAAGGAGAAGAGACUUAUAGGAUUAGAUGAAUUUAACCAGAGUUGAAACAGGGUCAAGGAAACCAGCAAGUUCAUUCAUUGAUCAGAACAAAUUACGGUUGUCAUUGGAAACACAAGGACGCUGUAAUGAUAUUGAGGAUUACAGAAAACUAAGGGCUCUAUGUAGAGACGUCAAUAUUGAAAACACACACGUUAACAGCCACAAGGUGUCGUCAGCUGCAAAAACCAUGCCAUCGAAAAAACGGAAAGUGACACGACCGAAGAGAUUCGAUCCAAAUGAAUUUGUUUUGGCGAAAAAGGUUAAAAGAAAUCCGAAAACGAAUGAUCACACUGUGUGCCCAGUAGAGGCAGGUACAGCAGCAGACAGGAGCCCUACAUUCUCUUCCCACAGAGAAAACGCUACAGAAUCCAAGAGUUAUGAUUUCGGAAAUGAGGCAACAUCAUCUGAAAUAAUCAAAUCACCAGACUUUGGCGACAAACCUAUCAACAAAUGUACACCACUAACAACACACAAAACCAAAAACAGAUCUUCUAUUUCCUCCACAGACCAACACGGUGUGCGGGAAACAAACAUGGAGUACCCAGACAACCAUUCCACAGAUAGCAUGAGCGACGACCUCGACAACAUGUCAGACAAAAGUAUAAAAUCAGAGGAGGCUGACGAUCAAAAUGAUGUCAUAGAUGAAUGGAGCAUCUUUUGGUCAUCAGAGGUCGACCAGUCUGACCUAAACAAAAUGGACCAUGAACAGAACAAUGGUACUUCAAACGAAAAUACCAACUUUAUGUCAACAGCGCGUGACAGCUUACCGCACACUACCAAACAUCUAGAUGAUCUGUCAAGUGAAGCAUCAUUCAAUUCAGAGCAUUCCACCGAAGAUUUGGAAGAAUUUUCAGAUGAAUUUUCCUUCACACAGGAACAUUCCACCCAAGAUUUAGAAGAACUUUCAAAUGAACUUCCUAUCAAGCGAAAAAAAUCAAACAGUGAUUUAGAGGAUGUUUCAAGUGAGUUAUCCUAUGAAACAGCCAAGAAAAGAGCAUACCUUAAUUCCAGUGCCAAAGGAACUCCAGAAGAAAAUAUUGAAACCAAGAAUGAAUACCCUGCAUCCUUUACCAUAAUGCUAAAUAAGUCAGAAUGGAAGACAAUUAAACCAAAGAAAAAUGACGCAUAUCGAAAACUACGCUCCUCCUGGACAGACCUUUUCUCUGAGAAAAUGGCAAAUAUUGAUGUACCCUGUGUACUUCAGUUUUUCUACAACCGGAUAAAAAGACUUGACAGCAGGAAAUUCAAUGCCAGGUAUUUCCACGGGAAAGCCAAGUGUAAGUUUGAAACAUGCACAUGGUAUACAUUUGAGAUAGCAGAAAAACCAGCGAAGGUUUCAAAGAAUGGAGUGACAAUCAAGGUUACAAGACAUGGCGAGGUUAAACAUCCACGCCACCAAACCAAGAGGAGACAACUCCGUGGAGAGAGACGAGAACUAUACAAGCAGCAACUCCAGAGGGAGGGAGCCUCUAAUCUUCAUUACAAAUUGCUUGCUGAUCUCCGUGAGUCUCAGCAUGCUGGGGGGAAUCACACUAUCCCCUCCAACAAGGCUGUGUUACGACAAGCCAAAUACGAAAUGAAGAAAAAGGAGUAUCUCCACACGGACGAAUGGACAGAAGUCGUAAUGACCAGACAGAUCCUACAAGACUUAGACCAGGACAGCAAGAGUAUGCCAGGCUACAUCCAAUUUCUGUCCUAUCAGCCCUUCAUCACUAUCAGCUUCACUGAGAGACAGCUUCAGAUCUUCAGGAAUCAGAAAAAGUUGGGCAGAGGUGUGCUUUAUUUAGAUGCCACUGGGUCAUUGGUGAAAAAACAGUCAGGUUCUGAUAAACCUGUGUAUUACUACGCUGCUGUGGUGAAAAACAACAAACCAAACGAACCAUCAAUGCCAAUUGCAGAAAUGUUUAGCAACGAGCACACAACAGCAAUCACAUCGCUGUUCCUGGGGAAGUUGAAGCAGGAGCUUAUGGCCUUUGGUUCCUCGUGGCCCAUUGUCCAGCCAAGAAGGAUUGAAGUGGACUUCUCUUGGUCACUCAUUAACUCUGUACUAGUCGUCUGUAACCAGGAAAACAUCACUGCCUAUCUCUCCCGUGCAUGGGAAAUAGCGACAGAACCAAAGAAAGAUACCAAAUUUACAAAGAUCCAUUUGUGUUCCGCUCACCUGAUCAAACGAGUGCGGGAUCGACUAAGUCAUACGACCUCAGACAAAGGUCUCGCUGACUUUUGUGCAUUCGCCUUUGCUCUGCUACAAAAUUCCUUUGAACUGGGACAAGCCAAAUCAAUUUAUGUCUCAUUAUGCACUGUUCUUGGAUCAGAAUAUGAAACAAAAUCAGUGAAGGAUGCCAUUGCCAAAAUUGAGAAGCAGAUCGCGGAGCAGACAGAAGAGAGGGAAACUUCAGUACAUUUAUGCCCACAGGAAGUGGAGUGUGACUUUCAACAAGAAAAAUCGACAUCAACAAUCAAAGCGUUGUCUCCCUUUACCAAGUUCUUCGCCAGCAUGAAAAGCAAUAUCCCACCUGAUGCAGGAUACAGCUUAAAAGUAAAGAACAAAUAUCAUAACAAGCAAGCUCUGACAGUGCUAGAAUCCUACCUCCACCUCUACCCUUUGUGGAGUGGGCUGCUGCUGACAAAUGAAAAUCAUAACAAUGGGAAGCCUGUCACACGGGACACAAAUUGUUGUGUAGAAAACUGGUUCCGAAUUGUAAAACAGGACAUUUUGAAUAAAAAGCAGCGCCAGCGACCUGGACCAGUCCUUAGAGAACUUCAUAAGAACAUUCGGGGACGCUCCAGAGAAUACCAAAGCAGUAUGGAAUCAAAGAUAUUACCUGACCUGAAUCAGGUCACGGUAGAAUCCGAAACCGUCAGGCAGGAUCACAUAGAGAUGUCUCAGGAACAAUGGAGACCGGUGACAAAAUCAAAAACAAGCAAGUUUUACACCCCACCAAAACAAAUACCUGGGCCUACACCUGAUGCAGGAGAGGACAAAAAGCCAAAGCGAGGACAAAAAAGAUCUCGCUUGUCUUUACGACAAGGAGGCAAUGCAGAUUUUGUUAACAGCCACAGGAUAGAAAGUAAAACCAACGAUAGCUGGAUAAACUCUCUAUUACAGGCAAUGAAAGGGUGGCUUCCUACCCCCAUAGGAGAGAGCAGCAACAAAGAACUUAACCAGUUUCUGAAGAAGCUGACUCAGCUGACUGACACUUCAACAGUAAAUCCAGUGGAAUUAAUUAGGGAACUACAGACAUCACCCGAGUUUAGCAAUAUGGAGUUUGGUGAAGAAAGUAACCCUGUCAGAUUCUUACAUUACUUCCUGCAGAGAAUGCACAAGGCUGACCUAUUCCAACCGAUAUGUAUACAGAAGGAGCUGGAAUGUCUGUUAUGUAGCACUACCGAUUCCCCUGUGCCGGAGAAGGUUUCUACCCUAAUGGUGAAUCUGACCGCUCCAUCAAUACAGAUGUGUAUCAAUGACUACUUCAAACCGACAACACCGGGCAUACAACAGCGAUGUCCGAAAUGUCAAGCACUCACAAACCACCAUCAGAAGCGGUCAGUUCUAGAGGCUUCAGAUGUGCUGGUCAUCAUUCUCAAGCGAUUUACAGAGUCCCCUCGCAAACAUCUAGCUUCUGUGACAAUAGAAAAAGAGAUCAGUUUGAGAACUAUGGCGAACAACACCUGUGAUUAUGAUCUCCAAUCAAUUCAGUUGCAUCAUGGGAAAUCUGUAUAUGGUGGACACUACACUGCAGCUAGUGUUACUUCCAAAGGAAUGAUCAGUUAUGAUGAUGAAACAGUUACAGAGAAAGGACAGGACUUUCUUCAAUCAUCAGAAGCCCAGACAGGCUGCUAUAUGAUGUUUUAUAAAAGGACAGACACAUCCAAGAAAACCUCCCAGCGCACGGGACGACGCGGGAGCAACAGAGCUACACGACCCCAACUGCUGCUCCGACAAGAUGACAUGAGGACUCUGGAGGCGAGGAGUUGGUUAAAUGACCAGGUAGUGAAUGCUUAUAUGGCGACUUUGGAGGACAAAUAUCCAGUGUGGUGUUUAGAUACAUUCCUUCUGGAGGAAAUUAAACGAACAGGAGUCGGUAACGUGUCACGAGAAAUCAACACUACAGAUAUGGAGUUCCUGUUUAUACCCUUACACCAACAGUCCCAUUGGUCCCUCGUAGUUGUUGAUGUGAAGAAAGGGACCAUAUCCUACCUGGAUCCACUUGGUCUUGUCAAUGAAACAAACAUGAAAACCAUAUCUGACUACCUGAAGCAGGCCGGUCUUACACUAGUAAGGGACAAACACCUGGAACACUUCAAGAAGUUCCCCACGCAAAAGAAUACCUACGACUGUGGAGUGUACAUCCUGGAAUAUGCACGCUGUAUAGCCGCUCAUCAACGGUGUACACAGGCCAACAUGAAAAAGGGCAGAGAGAAAAUCAAACGCAGUCUUGAGGAAGUUUAUCCAAUACAACUGGUUGUGACUGACGACUAAUCAAAGCAAGUACAGAAGUAGGGAGGCACACAUGGGACUGUAUCACAGACCAAACACAGACUGGGACAUGAGCGUGUGUAUACAGUGUACAUAGGAGAACUAGUAGUUAGCACCUAAUCAGGCAGCUAUAACAUGAAAUCUUUAAACUGUAUUUAUAUAUCUAUUUUAUUGUAUGAGUGAUCGUUAGAAUGAAUUGCAUAUCUAUGUAACGAAACAUGUCUUAAGAGUGGCCUAUAGUUACAAGAGUAUAGUAGGAAUGGAACAGUGCACCAAGAACCCUAUUCUGGUUUAGUUUGCGAUUCCAGUAGAUAAUAACGUAGAUAAGUAUUUAUUUAUUUUUCUGUAGUUUGACGGACAACAAAAGCACUUGUGAUCAGUAUAUGUACGAGACCAUGCAAUGUAUGUCAGUAUAUAUUUUUCUGUAGUUUGACAGACAACAAAAGCACUUGUGAUCAGUUUAUGUACUAGACCAUACAAUGUAUGUCAGUAUUUAUUUUUCUGUAGUUUGACGGACAACAAAAGCACUUGUGAUCAGUAUAUGUACUAGACCAUGCCACAACAAAAGCACUUGUGAUCAGUAUAUGCACUAGACCAUGCUAUGUAUGUCAAUAUUUAUUUUUCUGUAGUUUGACGGACAACAAAAGCACUUGUGAUCAGUAUAUGUACUAGACCAUGCUAUGUACGUCAGUAUAUAUUUUUCUGUAGUUUGACAGAGAACAAAAGCAGUAUAUGUACUAGACCAUGCAAUGUAUGUCAGUAUUUAUUUUUCUGUAGUUUGACGGACAACAAAAGCACUUGUGAUCCGUAUAUGUACUAGACCAUGCAAUGUAUGUCAAUAUUUAUUUUUCUGUAGUUUGACAGAGAACAAAAGCACUUGUGAUCAGUAUAUGUACGAGACCAUGCAAUGUAUGUCAGUAUAUAUUUUUCUGUAGUUUGACAGAGAACAAAAGCACUUGUGAUCAGUAUAUGUACAUGUAUCUAACUAACUUAAACUAUGUUGAAGUUUGUACAAAUAUUAUUAUACCUAUGUUUUACUCUGUAACCUAACAUAUACGACAGCCAUCCUAUGGAAGUGCUGAACCUAAAUACACCCACAUAGCAUCAACGAUAUAUCUACUUAAUAUAUCCAUCGGGAAACUGGCUAUGGGAAACCAAUUUAGGAUUUGAAGAUUAUAAUUGACAACUACUGCAUAAGAAUAAAGUUAUCUUCAAGCAAGCUUCAAUAAAUAUUGAUGUAUGCAGUCAAAUUGUCAUCAAAGCAAAUGAUAAUUGAUGCAUGUAGUUAAUUCUACAAACAAUACACAAAACUUGGCUUUGCUACAGAAAGCAGUCACAGUUAUUUGAUGGACAGUAUUUCUUACCGUUGCAGCCCUAGUAGAUAAGGCACUAUAUACUAUAAUGUAUAAUAACAAUAAUUACAAAUAAAAUUAAUAUUUAAUAUAUAUGUUUGCAAUACACUCUCCAAAUUAACUAUGUAUACAUUUUAUAUAUUUUUAUGUAUUCAUUUAUUGUAUUUUUUUCCCCACAUUUUUCUAUUUUUAUUUAUUUUUCAUAUAUUGCUGUCAGUGUGAUUUUGAAAUGAACUGUCAAUUUUAUUAGCAUUCACAUAUUUUGUGUGCCUUGCAAACACAAAUGUAGAGACUAACAGUUUAAUUGAAGCUGUCAUAUUUUUUAACAGGCUUUUUGAGUUGCAGCUCUAAGAGGCAUAUAAGUUGAAAUAAGCUGUAUGCCAGCCUAUCCCAGUUCUCAAUUAUCAUAGCUGAUUUCACAGGAAAUCUAGAUUUUUGAAUUUGAGUUUCAUUUUGAAGGUUAUCCCUGUGAUGGCUAGCGACAUGAGUUGGUGGCCCAGAACUGGUAACAUGGGGUAAACAAAGACUUACAUCAUUUUGAAGGUUUUUGCAGCGAUGGCUAGCGACAUGAGCUGGUGGCCCAGAACUGGUAACAUGGCCGGUAAACAAAGACUUACAUCAUUUUGAAGGUUUUUGCGGCGAUGGCUAGCAACAUGAGCUGGUGGCCCAGAACUGGUUACAUGGCCAGUAAACAAAGACUUACUUCAUUUUGAAGGUUUUUGCCGUGAUGGCUAGCGACAUGAGCUGGUGGCCCAGAACUGGUAACAUGGGGUAAA